CCAACAUAGACUGAUCUGUAAUCCGUAGGUCAGAUUACUGGUAACGCGAGGAAAAAUGUAGGUCUAAACAGCACCCCUCACCUAUCAAUUGAUCUGAUGAGGAAAUCCAGGUCAGAGGUUUUGCUGAGCUGUGCGCUGGCAAGCCUCACAUUUGCCAAACAAGGGCAGAAAAAAUUAUGUGACACUAGUUUGACGAUUGACUUUUAUGCCUCUCUGGAUUUGGACGCGGAGGGAAACGGCAACAUCCACAACCGCUCACUAUCUCCAUGGACCUGGAUACCGAAGUAUUCACCAGACAGAAUACCGCAGUUCCUCUUCGAAGCCCAGUGCAGUUCAGAAUAUUGUGUCUUUCCCAGCGGUGUGGAUAUAGGACUGAACUCUUUACCUAUUUAUCAGGACAUCCUGGUGCUGAAACAGGAUACGGAGGACAGGAAGUGUUUCAGGGUGACUUUUGAGAGAGUAAUACUGAGACAUUUGCUUUUAACAGAAUACAUAUUGUACCUGCGGUACACACUGUCAAACUGUGGAUUUACAGAUAGCCAGUCGAGCUAG